CAUUAAACUACGAUCACGAGUGAAACUUGCUAAUAUCCAGCAGAAGUGGCAUACUGGAGCCAAGUAAGUACUAUCUGUGUGAUGGCACAAAGGGUUUCCAGUGUGAGGAGUCUAGCUGGGGAAGCAAUGCACUCUUCCCAUGAAUAAAGGCACGCAGCUUUUCAGCACGGGGAUAUCAGAUCAGUUGCUUAAUACAAAUUGGGAAAGGCUUUCUGGCUGGCAGCCUUAAAAAGAGAGGAGCUAUCUCAAUUUCUCUCACUUAAUCUUGGCUGCACGUCAGGAGCUGUGCAGCAGUGCAGCAGAAAGGGAAAGCAGCAGACCCUCUUUACCAGCACACAGACUUCCCCUAUGCUACCAUAGCUCAGCGAUUUUUCCGAGCUGGAUUAUCUAUUGAUUGCCUUCCCUCCCCCUUCAUCCCUUCCAGGCUCACCGGGAUGUACAUAUGCGUUUGGAUUUCUCAAGGAUUCUCCCCCCUCUAACAUGGAUGUCCCACCAUUCCUUGCAGUUGAAGGUUGCUCCUUGGUGCAGUGAAUGAAGAACAUGCAGGGAUUGCUAAUGGGUUUUGGAAGCGGAUCCUCCUCGCUCAUGUUGUCUCUGUGACCAUGCCGUGAUCGUGUCUGAGGGCCAUCAGUCUAUGUCCUCUCAUUCUUCUUACCCUACCGGGGAACCUGACACUCUAUAGGGGGAAGGAACCGUGCGGAUGUACAGUGGAACCAUGAAGAUUAUGUGCCCUCUUCUAACUCAUUCAUUCUUCAGGUGCACCCUAAGAUUAGCCGCUUGCUUGCUUUGGAUUGGGUAUACUCAAGGGACCACACAUGUUCUACGGUUUGGGGGAAUUUUUGAAUAUGUCGAGUCUGGGCCCUUUGGAGCAGAAGAACUAGCCUUCAGAUUUGCUGUGAAUACAAUUAACAGAAACAGGACAUUACUUCCAAACACUACUUUAACAUAUGAUACUCAAAGAAUAAACCUCUAUGACAGCUUUGAAGCAUCUAGAAAAGCUUGUGAACAGUUGUCUCUGGGAGUGGCAGCAAUAUUUGGCCCAUCACACAGUUCCUCAGCAAAUGCAGUCCAGUCUAUAUGUAAUGCCCUUGGAGUUCCACACAUCCAAACCCGCUGGAAACAUCAAGUUUCGGAUAACAGGGACUCAUUCUAUGUCAGCCUGUACCCAGAUUUUUCCUCAUUGAGUCGAGCAAUUCUUGAUUUGGUGCAGUUUUUCAAGUGGAAAACAGUUACCAUUGCCUAUGAUGACAGUACGGGUCUGAUUCGCUUACAAGAGCUCAUUAAGGCUCCAUCUAGGUACAAUCUGAGACUGAAGAUCCGUCAGUUACCUCUUGAUACAAAGGAUGCCAAACCGCUUCUGAAAGAGAUGAAAAGAGGCAAAGAAUUCCAUGUAAUCUUUGAUUGUAGCCAUGACAUGGCAGCUGGUAUACUAAAACAGGCUUUGGCAAUGGGAAUGAUGACAGAAUAUUACCAUUAUAUUUUUACAACUCUGGACCUGUUUGCAUUGGAUGUUGAGCCAUAUCGGUAUAGCGGUGUUAACAUGACCGGAUUUCGAAUACUGAACAUAGAAAACAGCCAAGUAGUCUCUAUAAUUGAAAAGUGGUCCAUGGAAAGAUUGCAGGCACCCCCUAAGCCAGACUCUGGUUUACUGGAUGGGUUUAUGACGACUGAUGCCGCAUUGAUGUAUGAUGCUGUGCAUGUUGUCUCAGUGGCUGUACAACAAUUUGCACAAAUGACAGUUAGUUCAUUACAAUGUAAUCGGCACAAACCUUGGCGAUUUGGUUCUAAGUUUAUCAGCCUUAUAAAAGAGGCUCACUGGGAAGGCCUCACUGGCAGAAUAACAUUCAACAAAACCAAUGGCUUACGGACUGACUUUGAUUUAGAUGUAAUCAGUCUCAAGGAAGAAGGCCUUGAAAAGAUUGGUACUUGGGACCCAGCUAGUGGCUUAAAUAUGACAGAGAAUCAGAAAGAAAAACCAGCUAAUAUUACAGAUUCUUUAUCAAAUCGCUCACUGAUAGUGACCACUAUACUGGAAGAACCUUAUGUGAUGUUUAAGAAAUCUGAUAAACCACUUUAUGGAAAAGAAAGAUUUGAAGGCUAUUGUAUUGACUUGCUUCAAAAAUUAUCGGAAAUCCUGGGAUUUAAAUAUGAAAUAAGACUAGUGGAGGAUGGGAAAUAUGGAGUCAAGGAUGACACCACACAGCAGUGGAAUGGGAUGGUUCGUGAGCUUAUGGACCAUAAAGCUGAUCUUGCAGUUGCUCCAUUGGCUAUCACGUAUGUUAGAGAACAGGUCAUCGACUUCACCAAACCCUUUAUGACACUUGGAAUAAGUAUUUUGUACCGAAAACCUAAUGGUACAAACCCAGGCGUCUUCUCCUUCCUGAAUCCUCUUUCCCCUGAUAUCUGGAUGUAUAUUCUGCUGGCUUACUUGGGUGUCAGUUGUGUGCUCUUUGUCAUAGCCAGGUUUAGUCCAUAUGAAUGGUAUAACCCACAUCCUUGCAACCCUGAUUCUGACGUGGUGGAAAACAAUUUUACCUUGCUAAAUAGUUUCUGGUUUGGCGUUGGAGCUCUCAUGCAGCAAGGUUCUGAACUCAUGCCCAAAGCUCUUUCUACAAGGAUAGUGGGAGGAAUAUGGUGGUUUUUUACACUUAUCAUAAUUUCCUCAUAUACUGCCAACUUAGCUGCCUUUCUCACAGUGGAACGCAUGGAGUCCCCCAUUGAUUCUGCUGAUGAUUUAGCUAAACAGACUAAAAUUGAAUAUGGUGCUGUCCAAGAUGGUGCUACAAUGACCUUUUUUAAGAAAUCUAAAAUACCAACAUAUGAAAAAAUGUGGGCCUUUAUGAAUAGCAGAAGCCAGUCGGUACUUGUCAAAAAUAAUGAAGAAGGUAUCCAGCGAGUGCUCACCUCUGAUUAUGCCUUUUUAAUGGAGUCAACAACCAUUGAAUUUGUCACGCAACGCAACUGUAACCUGACACAGAUUGGAGGCCUUAUAGAUUCUAAAGGUUAUGGAGUUGGAACUCCCAUGGGUUCUCCCUACAGAGAUAAAAUAACCAUAGCCAUUUUGCAACUUCAAGAAGAAGGAAUUCUCCAUAUGAUGAAAGAGAAAUGGUGGCGAGGAAAUGGUUGCCCAGAAGAAGAGAGUAAAGAAGCUAGUGCAUUAGGAGUUCAAAAUAUUGGUGGCAUUUUUAUUGUUUUAGCUGCGGGAUUGGUGCUUUCCGUUUUUGUUGCUGUUGGAGAAUUCCUAUACAAGUCAAAAAAAAAUGCACAGCUAGAAAAGAGAUCCUUUUGUAGUGCGAUGGUAGAAGAAUUAAGGAUGUCACUAAAGUGUCAACGACGGUUGAAACAUAAGCCACAGCCUCCUGUAAUAGUGAAGACAGAGGAAGUUAUCAACAUGCAUACAUUUAAUGACAGAAGAUUGCCAGGAAAAGAAACAAUGGCAUAGAGCUGGGUGUCAAGCAUCCCCAAGCACAAACUGUCAGCUUUUUUGUUUUCUUUUUCCAAACAACUCUGCGAGAAUGUUUCCUGUGGAAAUAUGCAACCUGUGCAAAAUAAAAAUGAGUUACCUCAUGUCGCUAUGUCUAUGAACUUGAGACUUAAUCUGACUCGUCAGUCAGACUAGAACUUUAGGAGUCAUGGAUAAAUCAAGAACUUCUGCGGAGGUUGAUUUUUUUUUCUUCUUCUUCAAGGGGUCCACCAUUCUUCUGAAUGUAAAUGUGUAUGUUUUGUGGUUGCUUUACAAGGUCCCAAAUGAGAAAAAGGAUAAGAGGUUAUUUUUUUGAAACUUACAAUAUUAAAAGAAAUUUAAAAAAAAUCAAAUACAGAGUAACCAUUGACGAAUGAUAUCAUAAACUGUAUCUAAACAACUGUAUGUUCUUUGCACUCACAUGGCAAAGAUAAAGGGAAAUGUAGUGGUUUCUUAUUACUUGCCCAAUACAAAUGUCCAAAUCCAUUCUUAAGUUAAAAUGGCAACAUUAGAUCAUGAUGGCAUUCUAACUCAUCACUAUACAUAAAUUUACAAACAAAAACAGUAUGAGAAGAUUCUUAAAUGCUUUGUGGACUCUGUGUUUCACUGUCGUAAAUAAAACAAAAUGUCAGUAAACAAGGCAAUAAUUGUAUCGUUCAAUUCAACUAGACUGCAGCAUUUCUGAGUGCAGAAUGUUUAUGCUGAGACGUAGUUGUUACGAAAUACAGAAUAAUAGCUCAUUGUGUAUUGAAUAGAGGGAAAGUGUGGAUUUGCCCAACAGGAUCCAUCUUUGACAAUAUGGAUUUAAAAAAAAAACAAAUAAGUCCCUGUUUCCUUUUGAAUCCUACUGAGCCUCUGCAGUUUCCUCCAUCUGUGGAAAAUGUAUGGGCCUCUUAGAAGAACUUUCCACAGGGAGCUUUAAAUGGACUGCAUUCAUCAAUACAGUCAAUGUUAAAUAAACAAAAUCCUCGAGCAAUUUUUAUUUAAAAAAAUGUUCAGGUUUAUUUGUGGAAAUGCAAGAUUUCUAUAAAAAAUAGUUUUUGUAUGGAGAUUUUUGUAAUACUUUUUAUCAACUAAAUCCAGACAUACGUUUCUUCUGUCAGGGGUGUGAUGCCAAGCAUAAAUGGUAGUGUGUGAGCACCACCAACGUUUGGUGAGAUUAUUUUUAUCAAAUUCAAAAUCAAGAUGAAAACAUUUAUUUUCAAGUUCAGUAUUGCUAGUUGCACUACCAGCACUGCUUCCCAUGCCAUACCCCUGAUUUUCACUAAGCUAUGAACAUACUGUAAUGAUCAAUUGUGUGUAAAUGGUUAAAUACGCAGUCUUCUUGACCACAUUGUGAUAACAGUUGAAGUGCACACAGUUUCCUGUUUGAAUUCAAUGCACAAAAUAAACAUAAGCAAAAACUA